UUUUUAAGAAAGUCGGAAAUAUUACAAAAUGGCGUCAGUUUUCCGACUUUUAAAUGUUUGUUAGUGAUUAAUUAUUGUUAAAAUAUGGUUAAUUGGUGCUGUUUAGUGUUAUAGUUUUAGUGCUAAAUUGUUAGGACCAUAAAAAUUGCAGUAUGGAGGCGGUAAAAGCAUUUAAUGCGGAGCUGUCCGCCUUAUACGAGGUUAAGCCUCCCAUCUCCAAAGCAAAAAUGACCGCUAUAACGAGGGGAGCUAUAAAAGCCAUUAAGUUCUACAAACACGUCGUUCAGAGCGUUGAAAAGUUCAUUCAGAAAUGCAAACCCGAGUAUAAAGUCCCAGGCCUGUAUGUGAUAGAUUCAAUCGUCCGGCAAUCCAGACACCAGUUCGGUACAGAAAAAGAUGUCUUUGCACCUAGGUUUGCCAAAAAUCUCCAACAGACAUUUGUGAACUUGUUUAAAUGUCCUCCCGAGGAUAAGAGUAAAAUAAUUCGAGUGCUGAACCUUUGGCAGAAGAACCAGGUAUUCCAAGCCGAAGUGAUACAGCCUUUGUUCGAUUUUGCUGAUCCCAACAACCCAAUUCAUCAGCAAAUUCAACAACAGCAAACGCCUGUCUUGCAGACCAAUGGAGGAUCUGCGGCGGCGCAACAAGCAGCAAUUAAAGGUUCACCCGCACUGCAAAGAACUCCUACCAAGGCCAAUCAGACGACGGACGGAGGCGCUUCGAACUUGAAUUUACAAAAUCUGAGCGAGCCAGUACUUCAACAACUCCAACAAUUGCAACGUCUACUAAUAAAAGGCGCCGAUGCGGGUAGACCUGAACAAGUCCACUUCGACAAGAAGCUCCUCGAUUUCGAUUACGGCGACGACGAAGAGGAGGUCAAUCCCAGUCCCAGACCUCCCCAGAUGCAGCCGGUAGAACCCAUAGCGAACCUCCUAACCAACCCGGAGGUGCUCAGGCAACUGCAGAACUUGCAAAACACCAUCGCGAACGCGGUGCCCAUGAGCCAGGCUGAACUCGAUCAAGAGAAGUUGAAGAAGCUUCAGGAGAUGAAGAUGCAGGAAGAUGAGUUUGAUAAGCACCUGGCUCAGACCGUUCCUAAUUUGCCUUUUGCCGCGGAGUGCGAGUUUAAACCCAACAAUCAGCCGACUAUGAUCGGAGGGUUCCAGUUUAUACCUCCUCCGACCGAUAGCAGUCAGAUGUCUCAGAGUUACGACAUGUCUAUGUCGCAUGAUAAUAGCGGUGGAUUUGGGGGUAGUCAGAAUAGCACUGGCAACGAUGUAGAGAUAAUAACCUUGGAUCAUGACGAUUCCCAUUCUCCGUCCGAAGAUAGAUACAAUAAGAGAAGAAGGAGCCGUUCCAGAUCUAGAGAUAGAGGUAGGGACAAGGACCGUGAUAGAAGAUCCAGACGGUCCAGAUCAAGAUCCAAAGGUAGAAGACACAGAUCCAGGUCGCGAGAUAGGGACAGGAGGGAUAAGGACAGGAAGGAAAAGGAAAAGGAGUCUGAAAGGGACAGGGAAAGAAAGAAACGUGGACUUCCCGCCAUUAAACCAGAAAAUUUGAGCGUUUGCAGUACCACACUUUGGGUAGGUCAUUUAUCCAAACUAGUACACCAAGACGAUCUGUCAAACACGUUCGGUGAAUUCGGCGACAUCGUCAGUAUCGACUUGAUCCCGCCAAGAGGUUGUGCCUUCAUAGUGAUGCACAGGAGACAGGACGCAGCCAGGUGCCUGAACAAGCUCAAGAAUCACAAUAUGCAAGGAAAAGCCAUCACUUUGGCUUGGGCUCCAGGAAAAGGUGUGAAAGGCAAAGAUCUAAAAGACUACUGGGAGGGUGAUUUGGGAGUGUCGUACAUUCCUUGGAACAAGUUGAAGCAGGACAUAGACUUGGAAAUGUUAGAAGAUGGAGGAAUGAUUGAUGAGGAAACGAUGCCGACUUGGAUGCGACAGAAAAUCGAAGAGUUGAAUAAAAAGAAGACCAUCACCAUCACACCGCCAGAUAAACCACCAUAUUUUGGAGGGAACUUGAACAUGGGAGAUAUGAAAGUAGGCACAGCUUCAAUGGGUUCAAUUGAUACCAGUCAGCCACCUCCGAUGCCCGGCACCAAUCUGCUGCAACCGCAGCUUCUGCCUUUGGUAAACCCGUUCCAAUACAACAACAGACUAUUGGGUUUGAUGCCGAACAUGGCCAACAUGAACCUGCCGAUCGGAGUGCCCCCUCCCAAUAUGCCGCCACCCAUGAUGCCGAAUUUAGGGUUAGGCCUGAACUCGCCAUUCCAAGGUCCGCCAAGUAUGAUGCCGCCUCCGCAUUUGCCUCCUCCUACAAUGGAAAAUAAACCUACUCCUCCACCACCUAAUUCUGAUGCUAGUUUGCGUAGUCUGAGCGAGUCGUUGAUGAAUUUGGCCGGACAGCCACUGACUAUGCCUCCGAUGACUCAGCCUCCUCCUCCACACAAUAUCGAGGAUAAUAUGGAUAUUGAAAUGGAAGAUGCAGUCGGACAUCAUGAGUCAAAAUCUGCAGUUUCUCUAACUGAACAAUUAGAAGCAUCAAUGCAGCAAAACUUUUCUAACAGAAGAGAGGAUAAUUCUAAUAAACGUGAUAAUAGAAGAGAUGAUAGAGGUAGAAGAAGAAGCAGAAGUAGAGAUAGAGAUCAAAAUAGAGACAGUCGCAGUGGCGGCGGCAGAGGCCGUGACCGUCGAGACCGCGAUCGCGACUUCAGGGGCCGCAGCCGCGAUCGCAACGAGCGCGAUCGCGACAGAGACGGCCGCGACAGGCGUCCCCAAAACGACAGAGAACGUCGCUGGGGUCCUCCCGACCGGCGCGAUGACCGGCGUGACGAUCGGCGCGACGACCGACGUGACGAUCGCAGAGACUACUUCGACCGACGUGGCGGCGACGAGGACGACAGAGGCGGCGAGAAAACCCUGAACGACCGGCUCAAGGAGAUGGCGGGCAUGAAGUUCGACGAGCCGCCGCCGAACACUCGUGAGAGGAAACUGUCCGACGCGACGAAGAGGUCGCAGCAACAGGUUAAAGAUGAAGGUGCGGCGGGGAAAGAGGAGGUGAAGGAGGAAAAGAAGGAGGUGCCGAAGAUCGAAGAGAAGAAGGAGGGGGAGAGUGUGGCGUUUACUUUUGAACCGCCGCCGGCGAUUGCAGAUGAUGACGCAGGAUUCAGAGGCCCACCUAUAGGCGAUUUCGGUCCACCCGACCGAUUAGGCAACGACAACAUGGACUUUAAUCCGCAUCUGGACGAACCCCCGCCCUUUGACGACCGUCCCUAUCCCCCGUACGGUUCAGAAGACGCCUUCGACGGCCGCUAUGACGAAUCAGAAAGGCACUACGCUCGCAACGCCAGUCCAUCCUACCGUUCAGAAGGCCCGUUCGGUCCCGAUGGUCCUCCGUUCGGUCCUGAUGGUCCUCCGUUCGGUCCUGAUGGUCCUCCGUUCGGUCCUGAUGGUCCUCCGUUCGGUCCUGACGGGCCACCAUUUGGACCAGAUGGACCACCAUUUGGACCAGAUGGACCACCAUUUGGACCAGAUGGACCACCAUUUGGACCAGAUGGACCACCAUUCGGACCAGAUGGACCACCAUUUGGACCAGAUGGACCACCGUUCGGCCCUGAUGGGCCUCCAUACGGUCCCGACGGACCUUACGACGAACCCUUUAUGGAUGAAUACGGCAUGAUGGAAUACGGUCCGGAUUUCGGUUCCGGCUUCGACGGACCGAGAUUUAUGAGGGGUAGACGUGGCGGCCAGAGGCGGGGCAGAGGAAGGGACGACUUCUUCCCGCCCAGAGACGAGUUCGGGCCGCCAAUGGUGCGUGGCGGACCCGAUUUUGGACCAAGAGGACCGAGGGGCAGAGGAUUCUUUGGACGCGGUAGAGGACGCGGCGGCGUUCCUUUCCGUGACGGCCCACCCAACGCUUUCAACCCGCCGUUCGACGGCCCUCCCGACUUCUUCCGAGGUCCACGAGGCGGUCACCGACCGCCCUUCGACGACGCCUACAACAGAGGUCGCGGCGGUCGCUUCAGAGGCCGUGGCGGUCGCCAGGGACCCGACUUCUUCGAGGGCGGACCGCCGCAUUUCAGGGAUAGCCCGCCGCCUUUCGGCGAAGGCCCUCCGGGUCUAGAUUUCCCGCCGAGAAUGGAGGAUUUCGAACAGCCGCCGCCCAGAGCGGAAAGGACGAGGUCCAGGUGGGGUAACGAGGACGACAGAGAGCAGCAAAACGAGAUUUCACGAGAGGACACGAAUCAAGAGGGUGGAGGUGAUGGAGGGGCGGCUAUGGAAGGACCUGCAGAUAACGGUUCUGGCACUCCCCUGAGGGACGAAGCCAUAGACCACCACGCUGAACAACAGCCAACUGAGAACGAUCACGAAGCACAGAGUCAAAAUUUUAGCGCACAACAAUUUGAACCGGAACCUUUUGAAGCUGAUCAAGGACAAGGACCAGAAGAGAAUGCUGCAGAAGCCGUCGAAAAUCAAGAGUAAAGUUAUACGCGCGUGUAGGCAAACAAACGUAGAUUUAUUACUUUAUUUUUGUCUUGUUUCAGAAAGGGACGAUAAAUCUAUUGUUGAGGGUUGUGUAUUUUUAAAUUGUGACAUAUUUUCUACAAUGGUAUAGGUAAUAAAAAAGCUGUCAUCAGUAGAUAUACCGUACUUUUCUUUAGAUAGAUAAGGGGUUCCAAUUAAUUACUCAAUAAUGAUUUAGAUAUUGAUAACGGAUAAUUGUUUCAUUAAAGAAAUUUAUGUGUCUUAAAAGUCAUUAUCAUAUAUACCGGGUGCGUCUCAAAAAUGGCUCACCCUUAUAACUUUUUUUUUUAAUUAAAAAAAACAAGAUUGGAUG